GUGAGAAGCGCACCUCCCUGCAAGGCUGUGUCUCAGGGUCAGGGAGGCUCACUGUUACGAAAUGGCUGGGCAGGCAGACAAGGAUGUGAAGUACUACAAGCUGGAGGAGAUUCAGAAGCACAAAGACAGCAAGAGCACCUGGGUGAUCCUGCACCACAAGGUGUACGAUCUGACCAAGUUUCUGGAAGAGCAUCCUGGUGGAGAAGAAGUACUAAGGGAACAGGCCAGGGGUGACGCUACCGAGAACUUUGAGGACGUCAGGCACUCUACUGAUGCUCUAGAACUGUCCAAAACCUACAUCAUCGGGGAGCUCCAUCCCGAUGACAGAUCAAAGAUAGCCAAGCCUGUGGAAACUCUUAUCACUACUGUGGAUUCUAAUUCCAGUUGGUGGACCAACUGGGUGAUCCCAGCCAUCUCAGUCCUGGCUGUAGCCCUGAUGUAUCGCCUCUACAUGGCAGAAGAGUAACUUGCCUCUUCACACAAAGGAUGGGAAAGACUGCCCCGGAGAAGGGAGAAAAG